CUUGAUGAACUUGAUCCUGAGAUACAGACCAUUGUAUUACUAAGUGAUGCUUAUGGAGCUGAAGGUGAACUGGGCAUUGUUUUAUCUGAGAAAUUCAUGGAACAUGAUGCAUACUGUAUGUUUGAGGCUUUAAUGAACGGGACUCUUGGUUCAGUUGCAAUGGCUGAUUUCUUCUCUUCCUCACCUAUAUCCGGGUCCCAUAGUGGCCUUCCUCCUGUGAUUGAAGCUUCUAGGGCACUGUAUUAUUUGUUGUCUCAGGUAGAUUCAUCUCUUCAUAGCCAUCUUUUUGAUCUUGGAGUUGAACCCCAGUACUUUUCUCUUCGAUGGUUGCGAGUUUUAUUUGGUCGGGAAUUUUCACUUGGCAAUCUUUUGAUCAUUUGGGAUGAGAUAUUUGCAUCCGAGAAUAACAGCAAUGGAAAAGGUUCUGAUGACUGUGAGUUCAGAAUCUUAAGUUCACCCCGUGGAGCAUUUAUCUCAGCCAUGGCAGUAGCAAUGUUACUGCAUUUAAGAUCUUCACUGCUUGCAACUGAAAACCCUACAAGGUGUCUCCAGAGAUUAUUAAACUUCCCUGAAGAUAUUAAUAUCCAAAAACUACUAGAGAAGGCCAGAUCUUUGCAGGCUCUUGCUCUAAGUGUUGAUAUUUCAACCUCGUCACUUUUGUAUAUCGGGUUCCAUUACCAAAGUAAAUCGAAGUAUAGUAGAUCUGUGACCCUUCCAUCUGAAUCUCUGUCUCCGAAAGCUCCCCUGAGUUUGGUACCUGAUAGCUACUGGGAAGAAAAGUGGAGAGUUGCCCAGAAGGCUGAAGAACAAAGGCAAGAUGGUCUAGAAAAACAGGUUCCCACUCGGAAAAAGGGAUGGACGGAAAAAGUGAAAUUCAGUUUGAGAAGAGCAGAAUCUGACCCUCCUAGGUCAAGAUUUCAGAGUGGCAAAAAUAUUAGGCGCAAUUUGUUGCAAGAUCUGCGCAAGGCACUUGGCUCAGAUGAUGAUGCAGAGAAAAUGCAGCCAGAUGAAACCAUAUGCCAGAAUGAGAAUCCUUCUGAUGCAAUUCAAGUACAAGAAGACGGUAGCUUCAAUGGUGACAACAAUUAUUCAUCUGAUGAUAGAUCUCCAGGUGCACCUUUUGGCAGUGAGGAAGACUUGUCUAUAUAUUCUGACCCAACUAGCCCCCCCAAUGAGGCCAAUGAUGAUGAAAUAAUCUCAGGGAAAAUUAGUGUUGCAUCUAAUUCAUCCCUGGACGAACGCAAUGAAACAUCAGGCAUUAGUUCGCCAUUGCCAAUGCCCUAUCCUCCUCAGGACAUUUAUCAGACAUCGUUCUGCAAUACAGGAAAUUCUGAAUGCAAUGAAACUUCAGAUACCAGUCCCAAUGAUCAACCCCGUCCAAUCUCUGAUCUUCCUGAGAACAUUUCUCAGACAUCAAUCAGCAAUACACGAAAUUCUGAACGCAAUGAUUCACCCCUUCCCAUCUCUUAUUCUCCUGACAACAUUUAUCAGACAUCAUUAUGGAAUACAGGAAAUUCUGAAUGCAAUGAAACUUUAAAUACCAGUCCCAAUGAUCCACCCCUAAAGUCAGGGUGCAAUAACAAUAAUGCUGAAAAUAAAGCCACACCUCCUAAAGAGAAAAAGCAUAAUAAGUUCCAGUGGCUUUGGCCCUUUGGACGGAAUACUGUUGAGGCUAUAUCUGAGAAAGCUGGUGGUAGCUCUCAAAAUAGUGCUCCUCAAGCCACCUCAUCCACAACUAAUGACCAUGGUGGUUCUGUUAGCUCCAGAGGAGAAUCGGUCGACCAGAAUGUUAUGGGCACUUUGAAGAAUAUUGGGCAGUCUAUGCUUGACCAUAUUCAGGUAAUUGAAUCUGUUUUCCAACAAGACCGCAAAGGCCAGGUCACUGCCAUGACAGCUCUCAAAGAGCUUCGGAAAAUUAGCAAUCUUUUAUCAGAGAUGUAGAUGAAUCGUGUAUAUAUAUAUAUUAUAUAUAUAAAUAAUGUGAUUACAAUUCAUUAGGGCCAACGGAAUUAAGUUCUUCUGCUUCUUUCUGAACUCCACCAAAAUUUUGCAGAGAUGAAUUUGUAAAUAUAUUUAUUCGGGUUUCAUAAUAAACAGACCUGCAUUUAUGAUUA